AUGCCUCGCGUUGCUGGGCGUGGGCGUGGGCGUGGCAAUGGUAGUAGCACCCCUGGCGCACAACCCAAUGUUCACGAACACGGACACCCUUCAGUCAUCGCCCCCUUUCAACCAACUCCGUUUCAAACAAGUCAAAGUGACUCGGGAGUCGCGACGGAACGUCGUAUCGCUGCAAACGCUAUGUUACAGACAGAAGGUCCUGCUGUCGACACGUUGCAGCACCAUCAAUCUCGCCGCAGAACAGCCCAGUUACCGCCGCAAGAGCGCCUUAGGCCAUACGCGAUCCCAUCCUCAAGUUCACGCACCUCCAGCCAGCGAACGUCGUCGAGGGCCUCGAUGAGCACAAUGUCUCUCGACGACCUCGACGACAAUGGAAGCAACUCACAGCGUGCGAGGCGUGGCUCGAGGAACGCUACCAUGAAUCCCUCAAAUAUCGGUUUUUACAGUGAGAAGGAUAAAAAUAAUAUAUAUCUUGCUCGGAAACUCAUCGUGCUUGACAUGAUCCUUGAGUCUGGGUGGGAGAACGAUCGCAGGGUGCUGGAGGCCAUCGCCACCGAGUGCCUCUCUUCAGCAUGUGUGAGGAGCGGCCAUGAUACCGAGCCUACGACUAAAGUCCUCAAGUUUAUAAUGGACGAACUCUCAAACAUACGAGGAAAAUUGGUUCAAGAAGCCGAAAGCUAUCUACCGGCCCUUGGGCUUCAGCCCGACUCGGGUACCAUAAUUGGAGAAGACGACACGGCGCGCAUAAUAGCGCGUGCGAAUGUCCUGCUGGACGAAAGAAACCUUCAAGACUACUUUUUGCAUGGCUGGGACUCUGAUUGCUCGAAGAUACUUGUAUUUUCGUCCAAACCUUACUUCGAUUUUCAUGAAGGCUUUUGGUUUGGGCGAAAUUCGCCUUUCAUCAACGACCCAGCGUCGAGAACGCGGAUCUCAAAACCCUCAUGGUUUAUGUAUGAACUCUCGGGCGCCGCAUUGAAUUGUGUCAUACGCCGUAUUGCAACAGGCCAGCUAUCGAAAUCGAAAAAAGUGCUGUACUUCACCACGGACGAGUUUCAGCCAGUCGCAAUUGGAAUCCGGAACGCAAUGAAGCGAUAUUUGGAUUGCCCUGAGCUUGAUGACGGUGAAUUCUUACCACGCAUCACCGCUCACCAUGAGCACUGUUUAAGAGUUCUUAGGUCUCGUACUGGGGAAGGAUCGCCUAUGAAACAAUACAAUAUAUAUGUCCCAUCCUCCUCAUCGGAACUAUACCGAUCGAGGACGAAUAACUCCUCAGCAACUCUUUCAACGUCUUCGGCUUCGUUACCGUCGCUCACAUUCCAUCAAGGUACAGUUGCAUCGUCAUCAUCGUCGUCGUCCAAUGCAUCAUGGUACCCUCAUGGUGUUGUACAAUCGCCUCAAGUAGCGCAAUACGCGCCAUACCUCCCCGGUGAUCACGAUUGCAGUGGUUACAGCGGUGAAACACCCUCAGGUUUAAGUUCGCUUUAUCAUCAUGUCCCGCUGGAGUCGCAGCCAUUUGAAGAACCCGAAGUUGUGUCAGAUCAGGGUGAUGCACCACCAUUCACGCAGGAUGACCAACAGAACGACAAUCAAUUUUUCUUUACGCCGGGUUCAAGUGCGCUUGCAGGUUGGGGUGGUAGCAUUACAGGUACUGGUAGUUGGAGGGGUCCAAUGACAUGAUGGUCUCGUAUUGUUAUAUUCGAUGUCGAAGGGUAGCUCAUUGUUUGUCCUGCUGAUAAUCUAUUGUAGUACUAGUAUACGAUUCUUGCGAUUGUACUAUCUCAAAUCUAAUCACAACGGCAAUGGUUUGAAUGAUCAAUUGACUACUGCAUUAGGAAGCAAAAUCGAGUCCGAAAUCGAACGGUUCCGUGAAUUCGAACAGCCGACGUUCAAAAUCUAUUCUAACUCUAAGA